GAACAAAACCUAGUAUUGCUAAAUUUUUUAACAUUAAAUUAGCACAUCUAUAUCUAUAUCUAUAGUACAGAAUUAGAAUAUUUAAUUCUGUGAUUAAUAUGAAAAAUUAAAAAGCUACCUAUGCACAUUUAAAAUGUGCUAGAUAACCUUGGUUUUGUCUGAGAUUAAUCUGGGGUUAGGUUUAUUAUACCUCUUAAUUUUCUUACAUGUAUGUUUAGGUUAAAUAAGUUUAUUUACGAAAUAUGGAAAGUGGUGAAUAUUUCGAAAGUUAUGAGGAUAUAAAGAUCCAUCGAUUGAUGUUGGAAGAUUCUGCCCGGAACUCUGCAUAUAAAGAAGCAAUUUUAAAUAACAAACAUGAAUUUAUGGGUAAGGUAGUUCUAGAUGUUGGUGCAGGAACUGGUAUUUUAUCAGUGUUUUGUGCUCAGGCAGGCGCAAAGACAGUAUAUGCAGUUGAAGCUAGUGAUAUUUAUAAAAUUGCCGAGGAAAUUGUAAAAGAAAACAAAUUUGAGAAUAUUAUUAAGGUUAUACAUUCAAAAGUUGAAGAUGCAGUACUUCCUGAAAAAGUUGAUAUCAUAGUUUCAGAGUGGAUGGGAUUUUAUUUACUACAUGAAUCUAUGUUAGACUCUGUUAUAAUAGCUAGAGACAGAUAUUUGAAACCCGGUGGUCUUAUGUUCCCAGAGUCUGCAACAUUGUAUGCAACACCUUGCAGCGUGCCAUCCAUGAACUGCUUCUGGGAUAACGUUAAUGGAGUUAAAAUGUCUUCUUUGGGCUCCAAAUUAAGACAACAGGCUCAUCAAAAACCACUUUGCGAAUCGUUAGAUCCAGAAUAUAUACUUUCUGAAUCGGAUACUGUGCUAUGGAUACACUUACAAGAUCUUACUUUAGAAGAAGUUAAAUAUAUUGAAUCAAAUCACAUAGCAGUUGCAAGAAAAAAAGGAAAAUAUGAAGGUAUAUGUCUGUGGUUUUCUUGUACGUUUCCAUCUAAAACUACGGAACCAGUGGAACUUUCGACGGAACCUGGAGAACCUAUAACUCAUUGGAAACAAACUAUUAUUGUUUUACCAUUAAGUCUAGAUGUCGAAGAGGGAAGUCCUGUGGCAUAUAGUUUAGUCCUUAAAAGAUCAAGUGAAAACAAUAGAAUAUAUAAUAUAGAAGUUACGAUGCUGGAUCCAUCUGAAGUGGAACAUCCUGAAUACUGCUUGUGUCACAUGACUAAGUGCAUUUUAGUUCGUAAAAUGUUUGAAAAGUAUGAAAUAGAAAAUAGUAAAAAAUAAAUAUUUGGUUGUUUUAGUUUGUGAACUAUUACAUUUAAUCUAUCAAGUUUAUUAUAGGUUUAAGUUAUGCGAUAUGAUAUGAUUGGAAAGACUUUUAUUUAAUUUAAAACUGUUAGAAAGUAUUGAAAACCGUUAACCAUAAAAUUUACUUUUUUCGAAAUCGGCAGUGAAGUGAAACAUUAAUGCUGAUUGGUCGACAGAAAUCGCCAGUUAAAUCGCUUUCUAUAUCCCAGGCACUGAAGUAACUAAAUUGUCAUCUGCUUCAUGUUUGACAGCAGUCAACCAGCUUACAACCUUUCAACAUUACAAACAUGGGCAUAAACUCAGUAUUUUGAUUGGGGGGGGAGGCAAGAUUUAAAAUAAGGCAAAAAUAUGUUAUAAUAAAAUACUUUCAAAUCUACAAUCAGCAUAGAAAGACGUGGAUUGUGACCAUAUAACUCACAAAUAAAAAUAUUCUUGGCUAAUCAUAUAAAGUAAUGUUGAGGAAGUUAGAAUGAUACUACUUAAAUAAAAUUGGGUCGCUUCUCUCGGCGUGAACUAAAUUCAUUAAUAACCUUUGGAAUGUCAAUGUCUUUGUUUCUUUAUAUGGCUAAAAGAGCAAGAGAUGACAAUCUUUCUUGCCCGAUUGUGUUUUUCAAUACGUUUUUGAACACCGUAAACAAGAGAAUGCUAUUUCAAAAGAAGCUGAGUGAAAACAGUCGGGAAAGUUCGAAAGUAUUAGGGAAAGCAUAUUUAAAAUGCUUUUCUACAAAAACAGAUCCUCGUUCUUGAAUGUUUUUGUAUUUGAGCUCUUCAAUUUUAUGGAAGCAUUGCAGCCCAGACAAUAUGAGAUCAUAGUCCAAUAAUAUAAUAAACUUGUAAACAACAUACAAUUGCGAGUUUGUUCUCAAAUAUGAGAUAUUUGAAAUCUAAAUAUCGAACAAAGGUUUAAGGACCGGGAACUCUAAAUAUAUCCCCAAUUAUAAGAAAUAAGCUGAUAAUAUGGACUCUUAAGUUUCACUCGGAAUUAUAUGACACCAACAAAAUAAAGUUAUAAAAAAUCUGCUUUUUUAAUGCCUAUUUAUAUCUGUUGAUUAUCUGUAAAAUAUGCGCCCUCGAUGAUUUUCAAAUUUAGUAUUGCGCCCUUAAAGACAAACAGGUUGCCGACCUCUAUCCGAUCGUAUUUACCAGUAAGCUUUCGUAUUCGUACAUUGCACAAUAAAAGUGAACAAUUCAUCUGGAAAAAAGGCAUCUACGCAUCUUGUAAGAUAGUUCUUCAUCAGGAUUUGGACCUACAAUUCUGAAGAAUUCUGGCACUUUAUCAGGUCGAUUAUGGAUCGUCUAUCAUAUUCCAUGCAAGUGGAUCUUCAAGUGUUACUAAAGUUUGAUAAAAUUUCAUCGUCACUACUAGUACAAUUUUCACUUUCACUGUCAGAUGAAAUAUUCCUCACAUCUUAUACACCUCAUAUCAAAUUCGGUAUAAUAUGCAAGGAUUCUCAUUUAAAAAAGCAUAUUUAUGGCUUAUAACGAAGUAUAGUUUGCGAUAAUUUCAUAAUAUGGAUUUUAAAGACAUCUUUUGAUAUCAAUCAAUACUGAACACACUGUUUACACUACCACUACAAGGAUAACAAUGUUUACUGUUUACAUUAAACAACUAUUUACCUUCAGUCUCUGAAGACGAUAACUUGGUGAUCGAAACGCCCGUCCGACAGUGUAAUUAUGAGUGUCGGUAUAGUGUAAACAAGGUGUUCACUAUGAAAUAACCAACAGUUCCAGAAAUUCAAACUUAAAUUUAAUCUAUAACAAAAACAGAAUUUUUAGAAAUAGUUCAUGUACUUUUACAUAAAAA